AGAGAGAGAUGUCCUCAUCACGACACUGCCAAGAAAGCUGAGUCAUGUAAGAUGAGGGUAAAAAAAAAAAAAGCCACCUCACAGAAUAUUAAAAAUGGAUAAGACGGGGACGUUUAUAAACAUAAUGAAGAAGAGGAGAGAGGGAUAUUUAAAAGGAUCUGUCGGGUAUCGAAAAAGGUUUGUUGGCAGUGAGUUUGGGAUGAAGGCGGAUAAAGACAGCUGUGAUAGAGUGAGAGUUGAGCGAGAUUUUGAGGCGUUAAUGUGACGAGGCGGAGCAAAAAGGGCAAGCAUGAAAGGAGGUGGGGGGGAGUGAUAACGUGGCAAAAGAUGGGAGAGGCUGUGUCAUUGUUGGAGAGCUCAGAUAUGUGGACAUGUUGUAUACACACAGGGAGGCAGAGAGAGAGGCUGGUGCAGCGGCAGGAAGCAGCGGGAGGAGUCGCGAGAGGAGAGGCGAAUAAAACUCCACGCCCCUCUCUGCCGAGCAUCCAUUUACUGUGCAGCUGAUGUCUGCUGCUUCACUGGAUGCGUACAGACUCAGCAGUAACAGAAGACAAAAAAAAACCCCACAGUGCACUGGGGCUCUGGUGGAUUUGGAUUACAGCACUCAGGAGUAUAUCAACCUGCCACUGUGGAGAACAAGAGGCACAGGAAGAGGUCUGUUGCAUCAUUUUUUUUUACAAGAAAUAUCCACAUUGGAUACCCUCAGAGGGAAGGAGUAUUUAUAACACAGAGUCUCACUGAAGCUGCUCUGUGCUGCGUGAAAACUGUCUGAGGAGGAUCUGAAGAAUUCAUCCAACUGAGGAGUGGCGUAAGAAAGCUGCAGUCUCUCCAGUUUAUCUACCUGGGAUCCUACAGGUUGCUCUCAAGCUCUCAAGUUUUUCAAACAUGACCACCAUGCAGAAGCUGCUGCAGCUGCCGGUGAAUGCGGUGAACAUCGUGAAGACGGUGCAGAGUCAGGUCCAAGGCCAGGAGGAGGACAAGAGCCCCGUGCUGACCCCUGACAGCGGGCAGCAGGCCUGGUACAGUGCCCUGCAGCCCGACGAGCUGCGCCACCUCCGAUCUGGGGGUACAGGAGGAGGAGGAGGCGGAGGUGGAGGAGGAGGCGGUGGAGACAAUGAGGAGCGAGCACUAUCGGAGGAAGGUGGUGGAGGUGGUGGCAGUUUCCAAACUCAACCUUUGCGACAUGACGACUUGAAGGAGAUGCUGGACAGCAACAAAGACUCGCUGAAGCUGGAGGCAAUGAAGCGCAUCGUGGCUAUGAUCGCCCGAGGUAAAAAUGCAUCAGAUCUCUUCCCUGCUGUGGUGAAAAAUGUGGCCUGCAAAAACAUUGAGGUGAAGAAGCUGGUCUAUGUUUACUUGGUGCGAUAUGCCGAGGAGCAGCAGGAUCUCGCUCUGCUCUCCAUUUCCACUUUUCAGCGAGGGCUGAAGGAUCCAAACCAGCUGAUCAGAGCCAGCGCUCUGCGAGUCCUCUCCAGCAUCCGAGUCACCAUCAUCGUCCCCAUAAUGAUGUUGGCCAUCAAAGAGGCUGCCUCUGAUAUGUCUCCAUACGUCAGGAAGACGGCUGCUCACGCAAUUCCUAAACUCUACAGUUUGGAUCCAGAACAAAAGGACCAGCUGAUUGAAGUCAUAGAGAAACUCCUCGCUGAUAAAACCACGCUGGUGGCAGGAAGUGUUGUCAUGGCUUUCGAGGAGGUGUGUCCGGAGCGCAUUGACCUGAUCCACAAGAACUACAGGAAGCUGUGUAACCUCCUGAUCGACGUGGAGGAGUGGGGGCAGGUCGUCAUCAUCAACAUGCUGACUCGCUACGCCAGGACCCAGUUCCUCAACCCAAACAUGAAUGAGUCCCUACUGGAGGAGGGAAGCGACAAGACCUUCUACGGCUCAGAUGAAGAUGAGGACGAGGACGAGGAGGAGAAAGAAAAGAAGGCAGAGGCGACCACCAUGGCCAAGAGGAAGCCGUAUGUGAUGGAUCCAGACCACCGGCUGCUGCUGAGGAACACCAAGCCGCUCCUGCAGAGCCGCAACGCAGCUGUGGUGAUGGCUGUGGCCCAGCUGUAUUUCCAUCUUGCCCCUAAAGCAGAAGUUGGGGUGAUCGCCAAGGCCCUGGUCCGUCUCCUAAGGAGCCACAGUGAGGUCCAGUAUGUCGUACUUCAGAACGUGGCAACAAUGACGAUUAAGAGAAGGGGAAUGUUUGAACCGUACCUGAAGAGUUUCUACAUCCGCUCCACAGACCCGACCCAGAUAAAAGUCCUCAAGCUGGAGGUUCUCACCAAUCUGGCCAAUGAGACGAACAUUUCCACCAUCCUCAGAGAGUUUCAGACGUACAUUAAAAGCAUGGAUAAAGACUUUGUGGCCGCCACGAUCCAAGCCAUUGGCCGCUGUGCUACUAAUAUCGGCGAGGUGAGGGACACGUGUCUGAACGGCCUGGUGCAGCUGCUGUCCAACCGAGACGAGCUGGUUGUAGCUGAGUCUGUGGUGGUUAUUAAGAAGCUGCUGCAGAUGCAACCAGAGAAGCACAGUGACAUCAUAAAGCACAUGGCGAAACUAACAGACAACAUCCAGGUGCCGAUGGCGCGGGCCAGCAUCCUGUGGCUGAUUGGAGAAUAUUGUGAGCAUGUACCGAAGAUUGCCCCAGAUGUCCUGAGGAAGAUGGCCAAGUCGUUCACCUGUGAAGAGGACAUUGUCAAGCUACAAAUCAUCAAUUUGGCCGCCAAGCUUUAUCUCACCAACUCUAAACAGACCAAACUGUUGACGCAGUACGUUCUCAAUUUGGCCAAGUAUGACCAGAACUAUGACAUCCGUGAUCGGGCACGCUUCAUCCGCCAGCUCAUCGUGCCCACUGAGAAGAGUGGAGCUCUCAGCAAGUACGCUAAGAAACUGUUCCUCGCCCUCAAGCCUGCACCAGUGCUCGAGUCUCCAUUUAAAGAUCGAGACCACUUCCAGUUGGGUUCAUUGUCCCACUUGCUGAAUGCCAAGGCUGGCGGCUACCAGGAGUUGCCUGACUGGCCUGAAGCCGCCCCAGACCCCUCCGUGCGCAACGUGGAGGUUUUUACGCUGCUUGAAAGAGUCACAACAUUAACGAGUGUGCCUGAAUGGACCAAGUGCAGCAGCCGAGAGAAGAGGAAGGAGAAGAAAGUGGAGAAGCCGUUCUACUCUGACUCGGAGGGCGAGUCUGGGCCGACAGAGUCAGCUGACAGUGAGUCGGACUCUGCCAGUGGCUCUGAGAGUGGCAGUGGCAGCGAGGAGAGCGGGUCGGGAUCAGAGAGCGAAGAGAGCGAGGAAGGCUCCGAGUCUGAGGAAGAGGAGGAUGAGGAGGAGGAGAAGGACAAGAAGAAGAAAAAGAAGGAAUUAAAGAAGCCGGUGCAAGAAAGUGAAAGCGAGCAGAGCAGUGAAGAAGAAGAGAGGAAGCAUGACAGGAAGAGUAAACAACGUAAGAGCGACUCAGAGUCUGAAUCUGAUGAUGAGGACGAGAGCGAGUCUGAAAGCAGCCAAUCAGAGUCCGAAGACUCUGAGUCUGAGACAGAGGUCAAAAAGAAAAAAAAGGCAGCUGAAUCAAAACCUCCAUCUAAACCUGUCAAGAAGGAGAGCAAGAAAGAGAAGAAAGAAAUGUCUCUGCUCGACCUCGAUGAUUUCGAACCUGCUCCCUCUCCUCAAGUCACACCCGUCAACACCUUCCUGUCCAACAGCCUUGUGACCGACCUGGAGGGACUGUCUCUGUCUGACGCUGUUCUCUCUCCAGCAACCAUCGCUCCCUCCAGUGCGCUGAAGAGCUACGAGCUGCUGCACCGGAUCACAGGGGAGGGUCUGUCAGUGGAGUACUGCUUCAGCCGACAGCCGUUCAGCCCCGACGGCAACAUGGUGGCAGUGCAGAUGCAGUUCACCAACAACGCCACCUCCGAGACCAAGAACCUGCACAUGGAGGACGUGAAGCUCCAGUCUGGGAUGAGGGUGAAAGAGUUUUCUGAGAUUGAGCUGCUGCCAGCAGGUGAAACAGCCACAGCUGUGAUGGGCAUCGAUUUCUGUGACUCAACACAAGCUGCAAACUUCCAGCUGUGCACUCACACCAGGAAAUUCUUCGUGUCGAUUCAGCCGCCAGUCGGGGAGCUGAUGAGGCCCGUCUUCCUGACAGAGAAUGAGUUUAAAAAGGAGCAAGGUCAGCUAAUGGGUAUGAAUGAGAUCACGGAGAAGCUAACCCUGGAUGCAAAGUGCCGGAACGAACAUGCUAUUGUCCAGAGGGUGACCACCGCCGCCAACCUCAGCAGAGUCCCCUGUGGGUCAGAUAAAGAGUGCAGGUUCGCCGGCAGGACGGUAACCAGCAGCAGCCUGGUGUUGGUCACCGUGGCAACCAAAGAGGAAGGAGCCGCCCAGCUGACAGUCAACUGUGAGAAAAUGGUGAUCGGCACGAUGCUGGUGAAGGACAUCCUCCUGGCUCUGACGCAGUGACGUGUGACCUUUUUGCCCUUUGCCCCCCCCCCCCCCAACACGCCUCUCACAUGUCGUCCAUCACACGUGUAGCAUCUCCUCCGUUCUCCUGUUAGCAGCGUCAGCGAGGAAGUUUCCAGAAUGUUUUAACUCCAGUUUGUUGUCUGUUCAGGAGCCCUCUACUUUUACAAAUUACUCCUUUAUUUACUGAAUGCCACAGUUGUACGUGAUAUUUACGACAAUCAGACAUGACCUGAUAUGAAAUCCCUCCCUGACAUGUCUUCAUCCAAAUAUAGAUAGGUUGGAACGUAUUUUUUCUUCCCAGAGCCGAUUUAUUGGACUCCAGUUUCUGAAUUAACCUAAAAAAAAACGAUUUGUGUAUCUUUUAAACUUGAAAUCUACUUAAAUGAAAAGCAGAAUUUGCUCAUUGUAUAAACAGGACCGGAGACAAGCUUGAAGGUUCAAACGUUUAUAGAUCACAAGGUCCACUUACUUUAUGUUUUGAAGGCUUUCAACUACAGUUUGUGGUCUUCCUCUUGGCAGAUGGAGUGACUUGUUUGUUGUGGACUGAGACUGACUGGCGAGUUUAUCUGUACAGCACCUUUUAACAACAGUACAACUCAAAGUGCUUAAAGGGCGGGUCCAUUAUUUAUUUAUUUAUUUAGAGGGUUUCAGGGGCCGUUGUGAGCAUUUAUACUUGUG